CUUUAUAAUGUUUGUUGCUGGAUGAAGUGUGCUUCACUUGGCAUGCCUUGUAUCUGAUGCUGGAAUGGUGGAGCUGCUCCUACAAUUUAGAGGGAAGAUUGCAACUGCAAAAUUAAUUAUUUUAAGUUGAACCACCGGUUUGGACCAAUAAACCAGUGAACCAGUAACUAAAGCAGUUUGAAGACCGGUCCAGUUUUCAAAACCUUGCUCGAGAAUGAUUUCAGCUCUUUCGUGGAUACCGAUAGGUGCUUCGAAGGUGGAACCCACAAUAGCUGAACCUCCUUCCAAGGAAGAAAUUCAAGAUAUAAUCACCACCGCCGCCGCCAGCAGACAGUGAAAAUGAGGAAGAAGCAGGGGAUGAACGCAUGGAUGAUGCCGGUGGUGCCGUUGAUGAAGUUGUGCGAGCACUCAAUGUUGCUGAUGCUCUCGGGAAGGCUGAUAAAUUGGACGAUAUUGCCCUCGGUUUGAAGGAGCUUGACAUGGAACGUUACGAUGAUGAAGAUGAAGGAGUUGAGGUAUUUAGUUCCGGGAUUGGUGAUCUUUAUUAUCCAAGUAACGACCUGGAUCCUUAUAUUAAAGAUAAGAACGAUGAUGAUGACUCUGAGGAACUCGAAGACAUGAUUAUUAAUCCAACUGAUUCCGUCAUUGUUUGUGCUCGUACUGAGGAUGAUCUCAGUCUUCUCGAGGUUCAUAUACUUGAGGACGCCGGUACUAGUGAGAUGAACAUGUAUGUCCAUCAUGAUAUCAUAAUUCCUGCAUUUCCACUAUCCACAGCUUGGCUUGACUGCCUUCAAGGAAGAGAGAAAGGAAACUUCUUAGCUGUUGGUUCAAUGGAACCGUCAAUAGAAAUUUGGGACCUUGAUGUUAUUGAUGCAGUGCAGCCAUGCAUGGUUUUAGGUGGCAUUUCAGAGAAAAAGAAGAAGGGGAAGAAGAAAUCAAUCAAAUACAAAGAUGACAGUCACACUGACUCUGUACUUGGUCUUGCCUGGAACAAAAAGAUCAGGAAUGUACUUGCUAGUGCCAGUGCUGACAAGCGAGUCAAGAUUUGGGAUGUGGCUACUGGGAAGUGUGAGAGUACAAUGGAGCAUCACUCAGACAAGGUUCAAGCAGUUGCUUGGAAUCAUCAUGAACCAAAAAUUCUUCUUAGUGGUUCAUUUGAUCAUACUGUGAUCCUGAGGGAUGGAAGGAUGCCAUCCCAUCCUGGUUAUAAGUGGUCAGUCACAGCUGAUGUCGAGAGCUUGGCCUGGGAUCCACACACUAACCACGAUUUUGUGGUGAGUCUCGAGGAUGGUACUGUCAAGUGUUUUGAUGUUCGGACCGCAAUGUCUGAAUCCACAUCUGAUCUAAGUUCUACAUUUACUCUUCAUGCACAUGACAAAGCUGUUACCUCAGUAUCCUAUAAUGUGUCAGCACCUAAUCUACUUGCUACUGGAUCGAUGGACAAAACGGUAAAGCUUUGGGAUUUAUCGAACAACCAACCAUCUGUUGUGGCAUCUAAAAACUCCAAUGCUGGAGCUGUAUUUUCUAUUUCGUUUUCAGAGGACAACCCCUUUGUGUUGGCUAUAGGAGGCUCAGAGGGAAAAUUGCAAGUUUGGGACACUUUAUCUGAGUCUGCUGUCUCUCGGCGUUAUGAAAAUUACAACAAGAAUAGAACUCGGUCGUGAUAUAAUUGAGUCAUAAUAGCUUUUCCGGUCUCCCCUUCAUGUUACUGGUAGGCUAGAAGUAUUUAUGUUAGAUACAGUUGUUGCGAAUAAUUAGAAUUUAUUUCAAAAAAAGCUGUAUUUUUUAAUAAUAGGUCCCAUGACCAAAAGAAAAACAAAACUAUUUAACAUAGGUCUACUCUAUUUCUCUUUUUAUUAAAAAAUAAUAAAUUGGUAAGGAUGGU